GACUGGAAUCCCUGCGUCCUGCUGCCUUAGCCAGCAUGGCCACCACGCUGCUCCUUCGCCGCCUGUCUUCGGCUGUGGCCGCUCGGCCUCCCCGACGCUAUCUGGGCGCGGCGGCAACGGCGCAUUUCCAGCACCUGCUGGUGGAGAAGAAGGGGGCCGGGCAGAGGGUGGCGGUGAUCCAGCUGAACCGGCCGAAGGUCCUGAACGCGCUUUGCGACGGUCUGAUGAAAGAGCUGGGCGAAGCGCUGGACGCGCUGGAGCAGGACCCGGGCGUGGGUGCCAUCGUGCUGACGGGCAGCGAGAAAGCCUUCGCCGCUGGCGCCGACAUCAAGGAGAUGCAGCACCGGACUUUCCAGGAGUGCUACGGCGGCAACUUCCUCGCCCACUGGAACCGCUUGGCCAGCGUCCGAAAGCCGGUCAUCGCCGCCGUCAAUGGCUAUGCGCUGGGCGGCGGCUGCGAGCUGGCCAUGAUGUGUGACAUCAUCUACGCGGGCGAGAAGGCGCAGUUCGGGCAGCCGGAGAUCCUGCUGGGUACCAUCCCCGGCGCCGGCGGGACGCAGAGGCUGACCCGAGCGGUGGGCAAGUCUCUGGCCAUGGAGAUGGUCCUGACCGGGGAACGGAUCUCGGCCCAGGAAGCCAAGCUGGCCGGCCUCGUCAGUAAAGUCUGCCCGGUGGAAACACUGCUGGACGAAGCCAUCGGCUGCGGGGAGAAGAUCGCCCGCCACUCCAAGCUGGUGGUCGCCAUGGCCAAAGAAGCGGUCAACGCCGCCUUCGAGCUCACCUUAGCCGAGGGCAACCGCCUGGAAAAGAGGCUCUUCCACGCCACUUUUGCCACGGAGGACCGGAAAGAGGGGAUGAAUGCCUUUGUGGAGAAGAGAGAAGCCAAGUUUAAAGACCAGUAAUUCCUCCCACGCGGUAGUGGCCACAGUGACGGUGGUGGGCUAGGAAUGCAAUUACAUUUAGAGAAGACAAUACAGAAGACGCUUUGCCAAAAGAGGCCUUGAUUUGCAAUCCCUGGACCCUAACAUGGCAGCUACCUCCUUGUCAGAAAGUGGUCCCAGCUCUAAUUAUUGGCACCACUGUGUGCAAAAAUCAAUUUAUUUGGAAAGUUGGUAAUUAAAAAUAAAAGUAUCCCAAUUUCCCUUAAAAGUGAUCUUUGCCAAAUGCUUAGGAUUGCAUAAAAAUGGAAGCUUUUGUGUCCACAGUAAAUGGACAAAAGUUCAAGGUGAAAGGAAUAGUUAUUACAGCAUUAGAAGAUGGAUUGAUCUAUCCAGAAUCUUAUAAAUUCUUUUAUCUUAGUAAUAAAUCUGAGCUUUAGCUACCACUGCUAUGGAGUGAGGUACAUCUGGUGUGAUUGCAUGUGGUUAAAAAGUUCCUAAGCUCAAGAAUAUACUGAUGCAUCAAAUACUGGUCAAUGGAAACACUUCAUAAGCUAGAGUUAAUAACAAACCAGUAAGUGAGAAACUGCUGUGUCAUUGCAACUGAAACUUGGUGAAAGCAUUCCAUCCUGGAUAGUGCUGUUCGCUUAGGUGGAUUUUUAACAUUUUGGCUUAUUUUCUUUUGAGAGCAAGCAUCAGAAUUUUAUUUUUAAUGUGUGACAGUGUGUUCACAGGAAAAAAAAUGACAGUAAAAGUUAUCUUAUAAGCUAAUGAAAAAUGCAGAAAAAAAUAUUUUCACGUAUUCCACUGAUUUCUUAAUUGUAAUAAAAACUUAAUAAAAUGACAUUAUUUAAAAAUG